AUGCGUCGCUCCUUUCUUGCGCUUGCGGCUGCGACACCCACUGCCGCUCCCACGGCGGCGGCGGCGGCGAAGCUCAAGAUGCACACCCUGCACAAGAUCUUAACGGGUGAGUUGCACUUCAAAAACAAGGUGCCUGUCAAGGAGUGCAACAUUGUGCACCAGUUUGGGGACAAUUGGCAGUCGGAGCUGUCGGAGUACGCCAAAACCCUUUCUGCGGAGCAGAGGAAAGUUGUCGAGCGACAAGUGGCGCGGGUGAAGCUGACACGUUACACGGUUGCGGAGCUCGCUGCCUACUGCGGUGAGGGCCCCGCGCAUCUGGACGAGGUAGCACGCGAGGCGAACAUUGAGCAGGGCGUUGCCUUCCUCAGAGAGAAGGGCGUGGAGGAGUUCGACAAGUACGUGGCAGCAGAGGCGGCGAACGCAAACUGGAAGCCGCAGGAGGCGAAGAAGUUUGCUGACGCGGUGAAGGCCAAGGCCAAGUAG